AUGGAACCAGAGGAGCUAACAUUUCAAGAGAUAAAAGAAAUUACAGAUGGUUUCGCACAGGAACUUGGUCAUGGAUCAUUUGGAGUCGUUUACAAGGGAUUGACUAAAACUGGAAAGGAUGCUGCUGUGAAGGUUCCCCAGAAAGAAUGUAGCAAAACUGUUCCUUGGAUGACAAUGCAAGAUCAGAUGAAGAUGAGAAAGCAGUUAAGGCAGAUGGCAGAUCAACACCAGCAUUUCAACUUGUUGACAAGCGAUAGGUACAAUGAUCUUGAAUCGGUUGAUAUACACAAAAAAUCAUCAGAUGUAGCAGAAGAUUUUAUUAUAGGGAGGACAGAUGAGAAGAAAAAAAUAAUUGAUUCAUUAAUUGAGGCCAUGACAGAAAAGAUCAUUAUCCUUCCUAUAUAUGGUAUUGGAGGAAUUGGCAAGACAACCUUUGCAAGAUUGAUUUACAAUGAUGCAAACUUCAGAUUUUAUUCUCAGGUGUGGGUCCAUGUGUCCCCGAUAUUUGACUUGAAGAAGAUUGGCGACUCUAUAAUUUCACAGCUACCUGAAAAACAGAGACAAACUAAGAAGAACCUGAUUGUCUUAGAUGACCUGUGGGAGGAUAAUCCAUUUCUACUAGAGGAUUUGAAAGUUAUGCUAAAUCUUGGUGACAGCAUCAACACAAUUGUUUUAGUAACUACACGCAGUGAACAUGUCGCAGAGAAAAUUUGUACUAACAUUAAACCAUACAAGAUAAAACAUUUGACGAAUGACAUGUGCUGGGAAAUAAUAAAACAAAGAAGUGCCUUUGAAACUAGAGAUGACAAGAAAUACUUGACCAGUAUAGGAAAGGACAUUGCCCUGAAGUGUGGAGGUGUGGCUUUAGCAGCUCAAUCUGUUGGAUUCAUGUUGCAGUCUAUGAAAUCUAGUCAAUGGAUGGAAGUGAAAAACAAUAAUAUCUGGAAGGAAUCUAUUUCAGAUGAUGCCUCAUUACAAAAUCAAGUUCUUGCAUCUUUGAAGUUAACUUAUAGCUAUAUGGAUUCAUGCUUGAAGCCAUGCUUUACCUACUGUGCAAUGUUUCCAAAAGGUCAAAAGAUACAUAAAGAUGAUCUAAUUCAACAAUGGAUUUCUUUGGGUUUUAUCAAACCAACAGAAAUACACUCCAUUAUGGAACUCUGUGAAAAGUAUGUUGUCCAGCUCCUGGGAUUGUCUUUCCUUCAACAUUCUAUGUCAGCCCCGACUUAUGAAGGAGCAUAUCGUGAAAAACAAGACACAUUGUUCACAAUGCACGACCUGGUGCAUGACUUGGCAGUUUUACUCCUUGGCGAUGAAAUUAUGGAUCAGAGGCAGCAAGGCAAUACUUUGUCAAGCAGCUGCCGAUAUGCGUUGCUCACUGAUUCUAGCAAACCACUGGAGUUAUGCUUGUCAUCUUGUGCAAGGCUAACAGCACUCCGUUUUAUUGACUGCCGCAGAACUGAACUGUGUGGUGCUGCAUUUGCACCUGCUAACUUCCUGCGAGUAUUGGAUUUAAGGGAGUGCCAUAUACAGAAAUUACCAGAAUCUAUUGGUCAGUUACAGCAGUUGAGCUAUCUAAAGGCUCCUGAAAUCCAAGAUCAAUUGAUACCCGAUUGUAUCACCCAGCUCUCAAAAUUAAAUUACCUUUACAUUAGUGGAUCUGAGAUCUCAGCACUUCCAGAGUCAAUUGGAGAAAUGGCAGGUCUUGUGCAUCUCGAUAUAUCAUUCUGUUCAGAAAUAGAACAAUUACCAUUGUCCUUCAGGAAUUUGGAAAAUUUGGUGCAUCUGGAUUUGUCACACUGUUCACUUAUCACUGGUGUAUCAGAAUCACUGGGAAGCCUCAGGCGACUGCAACAUUUGGACCUGAGAUGGUGCACAAGUAUUGGAGAAGAGCUGCCAGGAGCAUUGGGCAGCCUCACAGAACUGCAAUAUUUGAACUUAUCACACUGCUCUUACCUUGAAGUUCCUGACGCUGAGGUCUUGGGCAAUCUAAACAAACUCAAGUAUUUGAACCUAUCUUCAGCAUCAUCACCGCUGAGAAGACUUCCAGAAUCUUUGGGGAGCUUCACUGAACUGGAGUAUUUGAACUUAUCAGGCUGUCGACAACUAGAAGAGUUGCCAGCAUCAUUUGGGAAGCUCUGUAGUCUGGUGCAUCUUAAUUUGUCAUAUUGUUGGUGUCUAAAUAAUAUAUGGGAUGCUUUGAGGGACCUUACCAAACUGCAGUGUCUGGAGUUACAUCAAUGUUCUAUUGAUGUGUUUAGACAAAGGCAACACGUGAGCUCCAAAUUCUUACAUGAAGCCAUGAGCAAUCUCACUGAACUCCGCUUUUUAAGUUUAUCAGAUUCGCUGUAUUUGUUCUCUGGAGGCCAGUCAGUAUGCGACAGUUUUCUGGGGUGGAUCAGUAACUUCACCAAUCUGGAGCAACUGGAUUUGUCUUCUAAUAAUGAACUUCACAUUCUACCUGAUGCGUUUGGUGAGCUGAAGAAGCUGCACACACUAGACCUCUCGUAUUGCUGCAACCUACUGUGGCUGCCCAAAAGUAUAUCUGAGAUUGACAGCCUGAAGUUUCUACAUAUCAUGCUUUGCAAUAAAUUGGAUAAGACCACGUUACCUCAAUUCAAGAGGAGAGAAGUUAUAUUACCACACUUUGUGGUCCGUACUGGUGAUGGCGAACCUAGCAGCAAUCUUGUUCUGCUCAAAGAUGAGGAUCCCACUGACUUGGAGAUCAGCAGGCUUGAAAAUGUGAAGUCCGUUGAGGAGGCCCAAAUGAUAAAACUGUUGGAUAAAAGAACGAUCCUUGAUCUGAAAUUUGAGUGGACUAGAGAUGCAAAGAGAUUUGUGGAGGACAUAGGAGUGCUGACGGAACUAGUGCCCCCCAGUAAUUUAGAAGAUUUUCUGCUACAAGGUUAUAAUAGCUUGACAUUUCCGUCCUGGAUGAUGGGCAUUACUAGCUAUUUACCUCAGCUUCGCUCUGUUUCACUAAAGGAGCUUCCCCGGUGGAGCACCCUACCACCACUCGGUCAGUUGCCAAACCUAUCGGUUCUGAAAAUCGAACAAAUGCACAGUAUCAGAAAGAUUGGUGGCGAUUUGUAUGGCGGCACAAGAGCGUUUCCUGCACUGAAGCAAUUUUAUCUAGCGCACAUGGAUAACCUCCAAGAGUGGAACACGAUAGGCUACAGUGAUCAGGAUGGCGCAAAUGUGCUCGUGUUGCCCAUGCUCAGCAAAUUGGUUAUAGAACAGUGCCCAAUUUUGCGUUUCAAACCAUGCCCCCCUAUAGGUGGAGAUAGCUGCCACACUGGAAGUAGUUAUAAAGCAAUAUUGUCAUGGGGGGGAGACAGUGCAAGUUGA